CUCAUCUAGUGUCCGUCUUUGAAUAGGCGCAAAUGCUCUGGCCAUCAACCCUGUGAGCUGUGCUCGAGGCGAGGUCGCGCCGAGGAUUGCAAGUACGAGCCGGGACCGGGUGCCACAAUGAUUUUGCAGCAUGCGGGAGUGACGCAGGCGAUACUCAAGGAGGCUGUGGAUCAAAAGACGAAGAAGCACAAGCAGACGCUCGCCGAUGCGGCGGAAGCGGCUAGGAUCGAAGCUCAGCUGAAAAGGGGUGCCGUCGACUCAGAUUCUCGGCGCGAUGGUUCGGGCACUGGGCCAAGUGGCGCCGGUGGAGCGCAGCGCAGGAGAGGAGGAAGACGAUCAACCCUUUCAUCUCGUUCUCUUGCACCGUAUCAGAGAUAUAAGCAGAACGAGGGCGACGAGGCAGAGGAGGAAGAAGGGGCAGAGGAAGACAGUGAGGAACAGGAGGAAGAGGAAGAAAGACAAGGAGAAGGAGAGAAUAUGGAAGGGUCGGAACGACCGCCUUUUGGCUACAACUCUGAGUUUUAUGGCUCUGGCAGAUGGAGUGGAAGCAGCAAGAGUAGAAAGGCGUCAGCAUCGUACAGGAAGGGCAAAGCGGUUCAGCCCGUGCAGGCCUGGUUCGACGAUGCCGGUGUUAGACCAGCGGAAGAUCAAGAUGACAGCGGUGGCGGUGGCGGCGGUAGAGCCCGAAAGGGUCUAGACCGUAGACCAGGACAAGGCGACUGGGCUUCUCGUCUCCGUGAUGGCAGCGGUGGCGGGCACUCGAGCCGCCAAGAUGAAGACAGCGGCUGCACAAGCACACAUCAGGAUGUCGACACGGACGAAGAGUCGGACGUCGGCUUUGAAUUUGACGAUGAGGAUGAAGAGGCAGGCAAGGCGAAGCAGGACUAUAAGCGGCUUCGAGAUGUUUGCCACCGUGCUCCCGCAGCUCGGCGCCUUUAUUCGGACCCCGACGAUUUGGUCACGUCACGACACCAUAGAUAUCAGCGUGCGCACCCGCAUCCCCAUCACGAAGCAACCUACCCUGGCCAGCACCAGUAUCGACCCAUCGACGUCGAUGCGACUUCGUCAUCAUCGGCCGAGCAGUGGGAGCAACAUCGUCAGGGACAGCCUCGGACGAUGCAUGAUUCUGCGACUACCCGCUCUCGUUACGAUAUCAUGCCACAUCCUACAUCCAAUCCCCACUCCUCGACCCUGUACCAAGGUGACUACUGUGAGCCGCGCCAGGGACCUGCUGCUGCACUGUCGUCGUCCUCGGGCAUGUAUCUACAAAGCGAAUCUCGCGGCACUCACCGUGCCGACAGCUUUCGGGACGAGGGUGCGGGCCAAGAGCACCGUCCACCCUCCCAUCAACAUCAUGUCCAGCAGAGCCAAGAGGGGACAAGCGCAGAUGAGAGGAAAUUUUACCCGCAAACGCAUCACCACGACCAACAGUUCUCGGCAUUUCGCUAUAAUUCGCCUGCAAACCGGCCUCUUCUCCCUCCUCCAUACUCGCUACAGCGUGCAGUAGGAGGUGGUGGUGCUCCUGCUAUGAUGCCAGCUGCACCCCCUCCGCUUCCGGAGCCGAGGAGCAUUUCAGGCAUUUACUGCGACAGCACGCAAAUGUCGGUCUCAUUUUCCGCCCCUGCUCGCGUGUCAUCCUACAGACGAACAAACAAUGGUUUGACACUCGCGCCAGCUUUUCCUUCCAGGGAGGCAGGCUUAAAUCGACCUCUCUCGCCUAGCUUCAAAACGCCGGUCAAGACGCCUGUAGUGCCUAGCCAGAGGCUAAAGGACGCUACUGCUGCGCAGAAUGCCCUAAACCCACGGUCGAGGUCCCCCUCAGCUGCAGGUCGUCAGAAUAUUGCGCCCUUGGCGCCUUCUCCCUCGGCUCCCCACGACUCUCAUCAACCGAGCCUCAGCCAGAACGAAUUGGUGCAGGUCCAUCAACCCGUUGCAGGCAUGACACAUGAAUCUCAAAUUAGACCACCGGCACCCACGAAUCACGGUCAGAGUCAGCUCAAACAGCCACUUCAGCAUCAGUCUCCGCACAUGCACAGUAUUGUGGAGCCAAGUCAUGUGGUCUCGCUGAGGCCAAGCUAUGCUUCUGCUCAGCGUGACAGGCAAGCAACGAAUCCAUUUGCGGCUGCGGCUGCUUCAAACGUCGGUAUGCGGUAUCAACACCCUUCGGCUCCUGCCCCGCCUCAGCCGCCUUUACUUCGUCCCCUCCCUUCUUCUGGCUCAAUCGAGCAUGGCCAUCAGGGCAGCGCGCAGUCGGACCCUCACGAACAAAGUCAUGAGCACGUCCAAAUUCCCCAGCAGCCUCGUCUUCCCACAAUGAAGCCCGGACACGCUCAUAGAUGGGCUUACAGCUCGCCUUCGUCGACUUCUCCAAUAAUGCGCCCAAUGCCGUGCAGCAGGCUGUUAGAAAGGUCUCGAGUUCCACCUUUCAUUCAGACUGAAGGCCUGCGUAGCGUCCCCGGCAUCGAGGUGGUGAAGCAGGAGGAAGAGGACGAGAUCGACAUUACGCCAGUGGAAGAGCACCUUGACAGGGGCAAGAAGAGAAGCCGCGACGCCUCACAAGAGAAUGAGGAAAAUGAGACCAAGAGAGCACCGAGAGUCGUACCGCAGGUGGCAGAGGCACAAGGCGAGGCGCAAAAGGCAGAGAUUCAUCAGCGAGACGAAGAAGCAGAGAAGGGCAACGACAUCAAGGCAGAAGGGAAUGAGGAAAUCGAGCCGCUUUCAAAGACUGAAAAGCCUCUGUAAAGGGAAACAAAGUCACUGUCUUGAACUUCUCCGUCCUUCUUGUUCUCUCUUCUCUUUCCAUGUAUGAUUAUCUGGG